UUGCUCGGGAGGAUGGCAUGUCGGUUAUCAAGGUUAUGCCUCGCGACGCUGACGAUCCUUCCUGCUGUUGCCGCCGCGGCGACCACCAAUAUCACCUCCGAGAUCUUAGACUUCGUACCGGUUUGCGCCCAGGCCUGCUUCCAGUCCUUCAUCUCGGCCAACUUCGACGCGGCGAUAUGCGGCAACUCACCCUCGCUGGACUGCCUGUGCCGGCAGCGGGGCAGCUCAGGGUAUACCAUCGGCGAGGGCGCCCUGUCGUGUCUCGUGGGAGAGAGCAGGUUUGGCGCCUGCAAUGGCCAGGACGUCGCCACCUACAACAUGUGUGUUGGAAUUGCGAGGGCAGCCCCGGAGACACACUCGACCAUUGUGGCAACCCUCGUCGUCCCCCAGUCGGGAACCGGGCCUCUUCUCGUGCCAACAGCAUUGCCGACGACGUCGAGCAGGGGAAUGGCAACCGUGACGAUAUCUACUACGCCGACACCGACUGUCAGUCUCCCGACAGGCACCGAGACGAGUCCCACGACGGCUUCGACCGGCCUGGCAGCUCCCGCAUCGACGCCCACCGCAAGCCCGGACACUUCUGCUGGUCAGGCACAGCUCAGCAGCGCACAGAUCGUGGGCAUCACGCUCGGGUGCAUCGCCGUCGUGGUCUUCGGCAUCAUGCUUGUGCUGAUCGCGAGAUGCGUUCGGCGGUCGAGGUUCGGUGACCUUGAACGGGGCUUCUCCCGACUCAGGGACUCAAUGAGCUUCGGCAGGAAAAGCCGUCCGCUCAGUGCUCCCGGUGUCCAGAUCUCCAGCCCAUUGAUUGGAGCGCCGGUCCGAAACCCGGCAGCUGCACGGCGGCAGCCAAACAUGCAGCAGGGUGGUGUCGGCCUCGCCAUCCCUCCCAUUCCUGCCCGCGGUGGCGUCCUCGCUAGGCCAUCACCAGCGCUAGCUUCCUUGCUCGCUCCCCCUCCGACCUCGGUCCGGCCUGCGAACGCCGCGCCAGCCUCCGCUCCCACAACGUCUGUAUCGAGUGUGCCCAAGGUUGUCGUGACCCCCGCGAGCGAAUCUCAACCACCGUCGGUGAGACAGAGCCCACCAAAGCCGAUAUUGACGCUGGCCAUCCCGAAGGGCCCGGAGCAAGCGACCCGCGUGCCAGCGAGCGUGAGGGAUAGCGUGGUUACCGAGUUUGCUGAGGAUGGGGAGGGCGAUCUCGCUCCUGGCACCAUCAUCUGGCGGCCACCAGCUUCAGAUCCCCAGUCCGCCUCGACGACGUACUACGCCGAUAGGGCGGGAAAUUGGAUUCUGAGCAACCCCUCGACCCGACAAGCGCAGGCGUCAAUACCUACGAAAACGGUCAUCCAGGAGGCCCCAUCGGCACCCGUCGAGGUCGAGCUGCCAAGCCCCGACCAUAAGACCAGGGCUGAGAGAGCCAGCGAUGUCUAUGGCGGAUUUGUGCCCGACGCCGUCGUGUCGCCACUCAGGCUGCCUAGGAAACCCGGACAGCCCCGGCUGGGUUCUCCCAUCGCGUUCAAAGACCAGCGGCGGAUGCCACAGCUCUCGAGCCCCAACCUCUCCGAGCGAUUGUCCCAGACCGCGGAGAGUCCCGGAGGCGCACCGAACCAGGUCAAGAACCGACCUCCGGAUCCGUACUUCGCCGCCGUACGCGACUCCAGGGAUUUGACAGGCGUGAGGAGCAAGCGGCGCUCCGCCAGGAGAGCAAGCCGCAGGAUAUCACUUGAGUCGGCGACCUCAAUCGAGUCAGCGGCCGCAGGGCCCUUCGAGGACGAGGAUCUAUCGCCGGUCACCGAAUCCCUUCACACGCCGAUAUCUCCGGGAAAGUCGCCGGUCAAAUACCCCAAGAUACCGAGGAGCAAUGAGGGACAGCAGGCACCCGGAUCCGACUUGCUUCCUCCGGAGAAUCAAUACAACGUCUGGCGCCCACCGGGGCAUUCCAGCACCGCCGGAGCAGGCUCACUGCCGAAGACCAAGACCGCAACCCCAUCUGCCGCCCCCCAGUCGAGCGCUGGGCCAACGAGACCCUGGAACGCCCCGAACAUGCAACCGGCCCCGAACCGCAACCCAGGCCGGGCGCGCACCGGCUCUCCCGAGGCCCGGUUCAAGCUGGCUCCAGCAAUCGAAGCGCAGUACUGGGAGCGCCAGCGGCAAGUCGCCAACCCGGCGUCAUACUGGAACCAGCCGCCGCAAACCAACCCGUCCGCAAGACGCGCCCAACCGCCGACAGCGCGCGCACGAGCGCAACAACAACAACCACUGCCGCCGCUACCACCACCCAGUCCGCCCUACGAACUCCCAGCCGAGAGCCCUCCUCGGCGGCGACGGUUCGCAACCGCAACCCCACCCCAACAACAACAACAACGGCCACAACAGCAGCAGCAACAGCAGCAACAGCAGCGCCCGACCGGGCCACGCCGGCCCACCGACCUGCCCACGCCGCAGGCUACGCCGGACAACCACAGCCCGGCGAGCCGGAAGCAGCCCCAGGCCCAGAGUCAGAGCCAGAGUCAGAGCUCGCUGCUCGCCAAGCGCCGCGGCGCCGACAAGGCGGCGGCGCUCAGCCUCGGCAACGGCAACGGCAUUGGCAUCGGGUCGGGGCGGAAGGGCCGCGGGUGGAAGAAGGAGGAGGAACCGCUGCCGCAGCCUCCGCAGCAGCCGCGGCAGCAGGAGAAGCAGAAGCAGGAGAAGCAGCAGCCGCCGCAGCAGCAGCAGCAGUACCAGGAGUACGGGCCGGUGCCGAUCACGCCUGGUUGGGUGCCGGAGCUGACGCCGACGAGGAGGGGGGAGGAUCUGGUGUUGGAUGUGCAAUAA